GUGGGGCCGGCUCGGUGUGGUGGGGGUGGGAAUCCAGCCGCCUUCACGCUCGGCUCCAGAGGGGACGGCGCGACUUAGAAGAAGCGCUGCCACUCGGGAGUUUGAAGGCGUUGUGCCAACGGUACCCCGGCCUCUACCCAGCCUGGCCCGACCUGGGCUGCCGCCUCCUCCUUCUCCUCCUCCUCCUCCUCCCUCCGGCCCCAGCGCCUCUCCUUGAGCGGUUGGUGCUGUCAGGCCGGCGCGCGCGCGCGCUCCACCUCAUUCCCCCCCCUCCUCCGCCGGCACGCGACGAAACCACAAGCCGCGAAGCCGAAGCGCGCACGCACCUCCUUUAGCCCCCGGAGCCUCCUCUUCGCCGCCUCCGCCUCCGCCUCCUCCUUGAGUAACAUCGAGACGCGAAAGCCUGCGCCCGAGCGGAGUUGCCUACGCAAAGGCAACGGCGGAGAUAUGAAGAUCAAAGAUGCCAAAAAACCAUCUUUUCCAUGGUUUGGAAUGGAUAUUGGUGGAACACUAGUGAAACUUGCAUAUUUUGAACCUAUAGAUAUUACUGCAGAAGAAGAGCAGGAAGAGGUUGAAAGUCUGAAGAGUAUUCGCAAAUAUUUAACAUCAAAUGUGGCCUAUGGGUCCACUGGUAUUCGAGAUGUCCACCUUGAACUUAAAGACUUGAUACUCUUUGGACGAAAGGGAAAUUUGCACUUUAUCAGAUUCCCAACACAUGACUUGCCUACUUUUAUUCAAAUGGGAAGAAAUAAAAACUUUUCAACGCUACAUACGGUGCUUUGUGCCACUGGUGGUGGUGCUUAUAAAUUUGAAGAAGAUUUUCGCACAAUUGGUGACCUCCAGCUGCACAAAUUGGAUGAACUUGAUUGUCUCGUCAAAGGCUUGUUAUAUAUAGAUUCUGUCAGUUUUAAUGGCCAGGCAGAAUGCUACUAUUUUGAAAAUGCAUCAGAACCGGAAAGAUGCCAAAAGAUGCCUUUUAACCUAGAUGAUCCAUACCCUUUGCUGGUUGUAAACAUUGGCUCUGGAGUCAGUAUUUUAGCAGUUCAUUCCAAAGACAACUACAAGAGAGUGACUGGAACAAGUCUAGGUGGUGGGACCUUUCUUGGUUUGUGCAGUUUACUGACCGGAUGUGAAAGUUUUGAAGAAGCUCUAGAAAUGGCAUCCAAAGGCGACAGCACACAAGCUGACAAGCUAGUCCGGGAUAUUUAUGGGGGAGACUAUGAACGGUUUGGCUUACCAGGAUGGGCAGUGGCAUCUAGCUUUGGGAAUAUGAUCUGCAAAGAGAAACGGGAGUCUGUCAGCAAAGAAGACCUGGCUAGAGCAACCUUGGUUACUAUCACCAAUAACAUUGGAUCUAUUGCACGAAUGUGUGCUGUAAAUGAGAAAAUAAACCGAGUCGUCUUUGUUGGUAACUUUCUACGUGUGAAUACUUUAUCAAUGAAGCUUUUGGCAUAUGCACUGGAUUACUGGUCCAAAGGCCAGUUGAAAGCUUUGUUCCUUGAACAUGAGGGGUACUUUGGAGCAGUCGGUGCCCUUCUUGGAUUGCCAAAUUUCAGCUGAAGCUCAAAGCCAUCACAAUACUGAAUGGUUCUCUACCUUUCUGGCAUUAUUACAUAUUGUUUUUAUAUCAACUGGAAGAGCAGAAGGGCUGCAAUCUUUCUAUAAAUGUCUUUAACUGGGGGGGAGUUGAUAUGGCAUUCUCUAAUCCAUUUCAUCAACGUUCUCCAACUUGGUGCCCCUUCUAAUUUCUCAGCUUGUAUAGCAAUUAAUUAUGCUGGUUGCAAUACACAAAUAAGGGGCAUCGAGUUGGGAAAUGCCAUAAUAGACAUUUAAUACUCAGCAUGUGUCUUAAAUCCAAAGACAUAAUCUUAACUGUCUAGACCCUUCAAUACUAACCCUGUUUUGCUUCAAAACUAUUCUUAAGCAAUUGGGUUGCAUGUAGUUGCACAAGAGUUGCCUUGUGCUCAAGAGUUCAUUUAGAUUUCCAGUCAAUUCUAAAACUUAUUGUAGCCAUGAAUGAAGAAAGGAUCUUUGAUGCAAGAUAUUGUGUUUCAAUGCGAGUAAGUUAUGGCAUGUUGAAAUACUUAUUCAGGCAUCGGUGUUAAGUUUCCAAACAUUAAACGUAAAAACAUCAGCAACAGUUUUGUACAAUUGAUUUAAUGAAUUAAUCAAGAAUGUGUGUAUAACUACCAGUGACAGUACAAGAUGACAGUAAAAAAACCCAAACCCAUAUAUCUCAGAAUUACUGUUAUAAACAGUGCCAGCAGAUAUGACUGAAAUCAAAGCAGCAGUGGCAUGACAAAGGCUGGAAAGACAGAUCUUUAAUAAGAUGCCUUUGGUGUGACUUCCCAACUCCAAGAAAGUGAGUUGAUCUCAUGGAACCUCUAUUGACUAAAAAUAUUAACUUGGGACUAGGUUGUGUCCUUAAACCAUUAUGGCAGCUAUAGAGGUUGAACUGCAGAGUCAACAGAUCCGGUUUUCAUUGCACCCUAGUAAACUCUUCCAGUGGUGCAACAGUGUGGCCUUGAGAUAAACUCCUAUACUUAACUGUACACCACUUUGGAUACAAUGGUAAAGUUUACAAUAGUGGCAUAUUUAAUAGACUGCUGCAACAAAGCUUACCAUAAGACCUCAGCAAAAAAAAAAAAAAAAAGAAUAAUCUCAGAAAAGAAACUUUCUAUGCACAAGGAUGUAAUUAUUGUAUCCUGAAGGAAUAUGCAGUUACCCAAUCCAUGAAUUAAAAUUUUCUAGAAGGGAAUCUACCACUGACUAGAAUUCAUCUUGAGUUUUAGGUACUGCUUAUUUUACUUGAUCAAGGUGAUAUACUAUUUUGGCACAUGAAUAUUUGAUACAGCAAUAUCUAUAUGAAAAACAACUCCAGCAUUCUUGGAAGAUUGGUUGGUUUAGGUGUUUUUUUUAAAAAACAUUUGUCUAGAAUUAUAUUUCAAUGCUUAGUAUUAGUAAUUGGUUUGUAGUAUGUAGCAAUCACCUAAAAUAUUUUCUGUUUUUAGAACUUGGAAAUUAUCUCUUUAUAGCACAGGGCAACAUCCAGAAAUGAGUAUGUACCUCACUGGUUUGAGGAAAUCAGAAAAUACAACUUCAGUAAAACAACUCAUCAUAGAAACGUUAUACUUGAUUAUUUUAAUGCCAGUCUAUUUUACAAAGUAUGAUUAAUUCCCAAUUCAUACCAGGAAAGUAAAGAAUUAUUGUUUUUCAUUUUGAGUUUUGAAACAAUAGAAGCAAACAGUUAUUUUCUGUCUGCCUUUCCUGUUGUGAAGAGACAUUUUUGGCACUACUAAAAAUUACUUACCAUACAAUAUUUUUUAAUUGAACAGGUUUACAUCAUGGUAACAUCAUAGGUUUGGAAUAAGCCCCAUAAACAAAUUCAUUGGCAAUUUUUAUGUUAGACAAUUUCUAUUUUUAUUUUUGCAUUAUGUAAUUGCAUUUGUAAAAAUAGUGUUUUUACAAAAAUGCCAUUGCAAUGUUACAAAGUUCUGCCAUUGUUCAUGUGAAUUCAUGCUGUUAGCAACCUCAUUUAGCCCUUCUGUAAGAGCUUUCUUGGUUGGGAGCAGCAGAGAUUUCUCCUGAAAAGAUAAAGAUAAGCCAAGAGAAGGGACAUUUCUUUUUUUUCCCCUCUCCUUGAGAAAUUCUGAGUGAAUGGCUCUUCAGUCCCAACAGUCACAUGAGUGCCUUAAGGUUCCUUUUGGAGUUUCAAUGACAUGUUCAGCUUUUCCUGGCUUUGAAUAUUGGCAGCUUUCAAACAAAAUUCACCCAUGAUAUUGCAUUUUUCCCCCCAUUUUAUUUUCAGUUCUAACAUAGUCCCAGAGUCCUUUCUGGUAGUUAACAAUGUUUUACCUCUAUCCUUGGGGGAUGGAUGGAUAGAUAGAUAGGUAGAUUAAUAGGUAGGUAGGUAGGUAGGUAGAUAGAUAGAUAGAUAGAUAGAUAGAUAGAUAGAUAGAUAGAUAGAUAGAUAGAUAAACAAAAACACAGUCUCUUAAAAUAAGAGAAUUUUGGCUGCUAAGGAAACAGUUUUUAUUUCUUGAACCAGAUCAUAUCUGUAGUGUGUUGUUGGAGCUAAUAAAAUUUUCAAGGGUUAUUCCAUUAAGGUAUGGUUGGGUAAGGUUUCUCAUAUGAUCAUCCCUUAUUAAACUACUGAAUUAGAGCAUUAAUGGACCAGUUUUCCCCCCCUGCAUUCCUUGAAUUAGUUCUCAUUUUUAUAUUGCCUUUUUAAGCAUUCCAUGAAAAACACAAGAUUGUAUAAAAACCAGAUCAUUCUUUUUAUCCAUUUCAGAAUAUAACAAGAGUGGUCCUGUUGAUUUGUUAUAAGGCUGCAGUGUGGGUUGAUUGCACAAUCUUUUGGAAUCUCACUGAUCAAAUGAAUAGUAGUGUGUUGGUCCUUUUCACUGUACUGCUCCUUAUAUCUUCAAUAGUAAGAUUGUAUUGUGACCGUUUGCAACUUGUUUAUAAUGCUUGGGAUUGGCAAAUUUAGUGUUUUGCCAACCCCAAGCAUUAUAAAAUCUUAUAAUUUGACAAUGCAUAUAAAAUCAAACUGUAUUUGAUCAAUGUUCCUUAUGUCUUUUGGAUUUGGUUUGUAGGGUGCAAUUAAAUGUUUUAGGUUUAGCAUGAUGUAUUUUAAUGUGAUCAUCUCCAAAACAUGCACCAAAAUAUUGUUAAUAUCAGCUGUAGGUGUUGUUGUUUUUUGUUUUGCAAUAUGCUUUCAUGGAAUAGAUAGAUGAAUUAGAAGGAAAAGAAUCAUGCCCGUUGAAAGCCUGAACAGCAACAUGCUAAAUCUUAAUGUGAGUGUACUUCUAUUACACUGUUGAUCUUUAAAGUUAAGUCUUUGGAUUUUAAAAAAAACAAUUUUACUUAGAGCCAGUUGAAUGACCACUCUCUAUUAAUUAAUUGUUUUGUAGAUAGUAUAUUUCUAAUUUAAAUGUUGAAUUCAAUAUAUGAUUUACUACGUAAAUUAUAUAAUUUAGAAUUUGUAGCUUUCUAAAAAGUCAGCCUCCUUUUAGGAUCCAGUAGUUUUGUUCUUAAAUGAAAAUUAAUGCUAUACGCAUGGUAGAAUUUUAAAAGUAGAUAGGGAUUAUGACUAUAAAAUAAUCUGCCAUUAAAAGUAACACCUUUCACUACCAUUCUAAUGAGCUAUACUAAAUCUAGCUUUACUUUUAAGUAUAGAAUUUUGAUAAAACACAAUGAACGAUCAUAUUUCUUUGAUUGAUACUUCCCCUUCUGCCUCCCCCACCCCAUUUUGUCAUAUGCAUGUUAAACAGUAGCAUCAACUUAUUUAUGCCUGUUGUAAAUUAAAAGUAACUAAGCUUUUGCAUUGCAAACCUUCUGUUUUGGGGAAAUAGAUGCUUCCUUAAUUCAGAAGUACCUCCUUUUAAAUAUGUUGUAGAAUGCAUUGCAGCACAAUAUAAGUGUUCUUAAAUGAAAUAAUAUACUUUAUAUUCUAAACGGUUAAUGGGAAAUCAGUAGGAAGCCUUCAAGCAAGCAUUCUUCUAAGUAAACACCUUAGUAAUUAUGUUAACACCUUAUGUUAAUUUACCUUAAAAGUUAACAUUUUAGGACACAUUUGGUUUUGGGACAUGUUUGAGAUACAGGAAGUAUCCCUCUUGUUCAGUUGUUGGUCACACGACUGACAUGCGUUAAUUGAUCUAUUUCUAAAGGUUUUGCCAAAUAUUUGAACACAAGCCUUACUUCUACAAAUGAUGAUGAUUCUCUUACUACCUUUACUGUGUAUUUUGUGCAUAGGGGACAAAUGGAGAGGAAUCUAGAAAGCUGCCUUUAUUAAUUCAGAAUAUUCUCCAUCUUAUUCAGUAUUAUCAACAUGGACUGGCAGCAUUCCUCGUGUCAGGCAGUGUCCUUAUCAGUUUUACUGGAGAUUCCAGGGAGUCAACCUGGGACAUUAGGGUAUUGUAUAAAACAGCUUUUCUACUCUUCAGCUGCAACCUCUGGGUUACUUGAAAAUAAACUAUAAAAGGAGUGCCUCAAUUACUUAACCACAACUAGAACUUUUCAUGAAAUAUAAGGCUGAGAACACCAUAGCUUUUUGCGCCCAUGCCAUGGGAAGGUUAGAUCAGUUUGGCUCUACAGUAUUUUUAUCCUCGGUAUGAUGGAGGCCAAUUUGAUAUAGGAUAGAACUAUUGCUGCCUUAGCUAAAUAGGAAAGCAACAGUCUAGAACUCUAUUCUCAGUCGUAUCCUUUGAAUUGUACUGGAAUACUUUAUGAAAAAGCAGAAUUCAGCUUUGGAUUGUGCAACAUGUGCUCAAGCAGCUGCUUAUACAGUAACACCUGGAAUAUCUUAAUAGGAAUUUGGGAGAGAGAGACAAAGCUGUGGAAAGGAAUUCUGGUUAGUUUAAAGCAGCCUUUCGUCUUCCAAAUGGGUUAGACUGUAGGUCCCCUUAUAGCCAAGGUUUGAACUCUGGGUUAUAAACGAAGGGUAUUAAAAAUACCCUAUCACGCCCCAAUUCAGACAAUUUGGUCGGAGGAAAAGUGUGUAAGCACCUGGGUCCUGUUCCUUGUUUGCUUUGUACUAAAUCACAUUCAACUGUUAAACAGAAAACUUGCAAUAGUACUGGAAUUGUUCCUUAGAGUUACUUUUAUGUACCAAACGGUUAAGGAUCUUUAAUAAAGAAAUAACUAUUACUUGAAGUAUUAGCCAAUAACCAGGAGAGAAAAAACACUGUAAACAUCAAUCUCUUCUAUUCCCUCCUCCUUGCGUUUUCUGCUUCCUUUCCACUUUCUGAGGGAAAUGUGUAGGAAGAUAUAGGUAGCACAGUAGGAAGAAUUAGGCCCUGGCGCUUCCUGAAGGGAGUGCAAAAACAUAUCCGUAUCUCCUUAUGGCUUUGGCAUCUCCCUUUGGACAGGAGAAGGUUUCUUGCAGAAAGGCAGUUCUCUACUUGACUACCCUGAAUUCUGCCUUGCAUUUCUUUCUCCACAAGUGACCCAACGGGAAGUGAGUAGAUUCAAGGAGGCAGCUACACUCUGGCAGAUGCUGUUGCUGCUACUCUUUCUUAAUUCCACCUGCCGAUUCAUCCUAGUCUUUGGCCUUGUAGAAAGAGAGAGGGAGGGAAGGAAGGGAGAACAAUAUCAACUGAGAAUGAACUAUUUGGGCCUAGUCACCAUGACCACUAGGCCUCUGAGCGAAUGAGGGGAUGAUGUGGCUGCUUCUCUGAUGGUGAAAUCUCUUUUGCAUAGUGUAUUUUGCGCCCUCUCUUAAGGUGUCCUGAAGGGAGGUAGAAAUGUGACAUAAGAAUGCUUUAUCAAAUGCUUGUUUAAAGUCAGAUGUAGGUAAGACCCUUAGUAGCCCUAGGUGAGGGGCAUGGAGAGAAACUUUAAAACAAUCACAAGUUAGUCUAAGGUAAAGCUAUUUCUCAUGGUCUUAUUUCAAGCUCUGUAUCUUGUAGUCAAAGAGUUUGUCAUAAAACUCUUAUGUAAUUAGCAUAUGUAUGAUAAAAUACAGAAUUUUAUUUCCAGAGUUACAAAAAGAGUUGUUCCUGGGUUCAUCAGUCAUUGUAGUUCAGGUGUGUUUGUGUAAAGACCAUGAUUUAACCAACAUAUCCCAUGUUAAUUGAAUCCAUUGCUCUAUGUUCCCUACCGAUUUUUAUUGUGAAAACAAUUUUUAAAAUUUCUGUUGUAUUUUGGUAAACCUAUCAUUCCAUAAAACUUACUAAAAUUGCAGACAGAGUUUUUCUGGAAUCAGAAUGAAUUGAAGUUUUAAUUUUAAGCAGUGAAGAAAUGCAUUUUAAGCAAUAGUUAACAUGCUGCAGUUAGUGAUAACUACUAAGUGGUGUUUUUUUUAAAAAAAUGAAAGUUUUAUAGAUGGCCUGGUUUGAGUAUUCAGGACACUUUAAUAUCCAUGUUAUUUGGAAAUAGAGAAGAUAGUCUUCAUAUUUCCCAGCAAAGUUGACUUUAACGUUUUUUUAAAAAAAGAAAAAAAAAAUGACUCAAAUUGUACCUAGAAACUCCAUGACAUGCUCUUAUUUCCAAAAUGUAUAUAUAAUAUACUGUGAGUACCAUUUCUCAUAUAUUGCCUUAUUCUGUUGCAGUAAACUUACUGUCUAGGCUUUUAGGAUUCUGACAAUGGUGUAAAAAUGUAUGUUUUGCAAAUUUAAAUCAUAGUUACUAAAUUAUUUAACAUAUCUUUUGUAAAGUGUUUAAUUUAUUUUUAAUGUCAAAGCUUUUCUGUAUUGUUUUCAUGCAACCAAAUAAUGGAAACCUAUGCUGCAUUCAUUCCCAUCAGAAUUGUAUAAAAAUUCCUGACAGCUUGCAUGAGUAAAUGUGAAAUCUAAUUUUGUUGUUCAAUAAUGCGCUUUUGUGUGUGUUUUCCUAGUUUUAGUGUUCUGUAGACAGAAUUUUAUUUUUUUCUAAAUAAAGUUGAAUGGAUGGUUCCCUCUA